AUGGUCGACAGCGCUUGCAGGCCACAGUACAGCCGGGAUGCCACUUGGUACCCUCUGACCAACUGGUGCCAACCUAGCCUACUUUUCAGUCAACAUUUUGGCAUGCCACCCUUCCUUGAACCGGGUGACUUCAAUUGGCUUGCGGGCAUAUUCCGAAGGGUUGGGGCCUCGUCUUGGCCCGGGUAUAUGCGCGUUCCUCGCUUCGCGACUGUCACACAGGUUCCUCUAGAGCUCACCCCGAAAGUGGAACGGGAACUCUCCGGCGGAGUGUCCCAAGUACGCGCAGAUGAGUACAAAUGGAAGAUAACUUUGGACGUCAACCAUUUCGCUCCAACAGACAUCUCUAUCCGAACACAAGACGGCUUUUUAGAAAUCGAAGGUAAGCACGAAGAGAGAGGGGACGAACACGGAUACAUCACAAGAUGUUUUACAAGAAAGUACAAACUCCCUAUUGGAAUAGCUACUGAGAGCAUCCGCUCCACCGUGACUGGAGAUGGAAUUCUCAUCGUGGAAGCCCCGUUACCUACAGCACCAUCACCGGCUAAUAUCAUCAUUCCAGUACAAGUGGAGAAGGAGACUUCAUCUGCAGAGGGAGGACGUAUUGAUGUCCCCGGGUCUGAGGAGAACGUCGUGAGAGAGACAGUGAGUGAGGAGCAGCCAGGGGCUGCCAUGGAGGCCUCUCAGAGCACAGGCUCUGAAGAAACCAAACCUGAGGAGGAAGGGGGAGUCAUGGGAGGAGGUCCUGCAGACGUGCAAACCGCGACCAGGAAGGAGUCAGAGGAGAAGCCAGAGCCAAGCAUCUCUGCGACGAUCUCUGGAACUGAGGAAGGUUUGGGGAUCAGGGAAAAAAAGGAGGAAGAUGUGGAGCGGGAGCCGUCUCCAGAGGCUGCCCAGGUACCAGCUACACCUCCGGCUGAGGAGGUAUCAGCCGGGAAACCUGACGUUGGAGGAGAGACGGCUGCCCGGGCUGAGGAGGCACAGCCAGGCCUCAGCCAGAGUCUGCAGCAGCAGGAGGAGUACAGCCCUCAACAGCAGCUCCCAGUGGAGCAGGAGCAAGUGGAGGAGACCAAGUAG